AUGCCGAUGAGUGCCGCACAAGGAAAGCUCUCGACCGACGGUGGGCAGCACGGCGGCGCACUCGACAGGUUCACACAGCGUCGGCUCCAGCGAUUACAGACCGAGUCGGCAUUUCGCGAAACCCGUCAGACUGGAAAUGUGCAGAGUCCCAAUGAUAUCAAUCAGAAUUCGCAGUAUAAUCACAGCGCCAACAGCCAAAAAUAUAACAAUGCAGACGCACAGCCACAAUCGCUGCACCAGUCGCCGCAAGUGCAUCCUACCGCACCACCAUCCCAGAGCAGCUACCGCACAAGUCAAGCCAGUCAGGCGUUAUCUUUAGAUAGCAACAUGCCUGGCUCUAGACAAAAUAGUUUUCCGCAAGAGAAUAUUCCGACGACACAACAUUCACAGUCGUCGCAUCUGCAACAAUCGCGACCCUCGUAUUCACCCCACGACGCCGGCGAGCAAUUCUCGACGCAGGACCCCACCCGCCCCGCGCUGAAUCAACAACAAUCGCGCAGCUACAACCACAACGCUCACGAGGACAUGUCCAACAAUGGCACCUCCACCAUGACCACUACCACCAAAACGCGCCCACCGAAUAAUAAUCGACAGAGCGUUCACAACGUUUUAAUCUCUCGCGAGGCUUCCAGCGUCUCGUCGCAGGGUGGUCAGCCUAGCCUGCCGUCCAAUACUGGAGCACAACCCCGUCAAUCAACACAACAGGGCGAUGUUGCUCGCGUCACAUCUCAACUCGCGCAAGCAAGCGACGAAAUGACUGACGAAGAGGUCGCUCAACUGCAGAAGGAUCACAAAGAGCUGCGUGAAAAAUAUACUAAGGUGAAGAAGUAUUAUUUCGAAAAGGAGGAUCAAGUCAAGCAACUUCAGAACAGUCUCGCCCAUCAACGGCUGUCGCAAUCACGAACAUCCCUCGACGACAGUGAAUACACCACCCGAUUCAACCGGUUAGAUGGUCUGGUCGCCCAACUUUCAUUCAGUAUUCGUAAGAGCUGGAGGAGUAUACCGCCAUGGCUGUGCUCGUUCGUCAACAAGGACGCUGUGGCGACGGGCAAGCAAGAGAUGACUGCGGCUGGAAGAGCCUUCAUUUCGUGGUGGCUGGUGCACGAGGUCUUUGACAGAUACUUUCAUCCAGACCUGGACGUUGGCUUGUCGACUCAGCUGAAGUCUAUCCAACACAGCAUCCGCAGAUAUGCACCCAUUCCCAACACGUCAGAGGAAGAGGAGUAUCUCACGUCCAAGGUCGUCAAUUGGAGGUUAGCGACGCUUGAGGGUCUUCAGGACACGCUGCGCUCGCCUCAAUGUCCGAUCAACCGACAACGAUUGAUAGACACGCUCAAGGAUGACCUCGUCAAAGCCAUCUCCGUGUACCUCCAAGACCCUGCGCCUGCAGAUCUCGAGGGUGGCGUGCACAUGAUUGUCGAGCUCGUCGUCAGCAUCGCAAUUCACUUACCUCUGGAGAGCAGAGAUGUCGUCAUCGAAUACUUCAUGCCCGGCAACCCCAUUCUCAAUGAUCAGAUGAAACUCGAGACUGGUAUUCCGCCCUUGAUCACUUCUGUCGCCGAUGACAGCACCGAGCGCGCGUCACUGAAGAGCGCCACCAGCGAUGCCACCGACAUGACCGAUGUUAGCAAUCUCGACCCUACGGCCAAGAAGACCACUCGCAGCAUGCUCAGCGCUCUCACAGGCGGCUCAAGCAGUAAAUCCAAGAGCGCCGCUCAAGGAAAGCACGCCAGUGCGGGCGGAAGCUCAAGCAGCCUACACCGUCCUGAGAGCGCCCAGGGCGUAAAGGAGGAUCUUCCUCCGCGCGUACGUAUGGCUGCGGGUGUAGGUGUGGCCGUGCGUGGACGAUCAGUCCUGGUCAAAGCAACCGUCUUCGGCACGUAG